GGGACCCUGUGCGCCUGACAGUUCGGCAGCAGACAGCCUGUCAAACCCAGCGCAUAGGUAAUGUAGGCUCAACGGUUACGGGACUGAUAGAAUCGGGCGGUACCGAGGAAUUAUUAUCCAGCACAACGAUACAGCAUUUGUUUCACCAUGGACUCAUUCAGACGGUUUCAGGAUGACGACUAUAAAAACUGGAUUAAAACGACCAUGGGUCUGAAUUGUCUUAAAACGCGACUAGGAGGAUUCCUGGAACACGAAACCGAAACUUACCACGAUCACCUCCGAAACAAACUGAACGCAAACAAAGGCGAUCUAUGUACAACACAAUGUAACCUGAAGAAAUGGGUGCCCAGGCCAAAGCAGGUUCCUCAAGUGUGUGAAGUGUGCGAGCCAUGGAGAGAUGAGAUCUGGGCCAACCAUUCAUGUAAAGGCGGACAGGUCUACUGGGGUAACUCCAAGCCGUACCUGUGGCCUACGAAAAAAUGGGAGGUAGCCAAGGUCUACAUGCCCCGUGGAAAUAUGGACCACACCGCUGUGGACCAAUUUGACAUCUCGGCCUUCCUCAAUCUCAUGACCCAAUGCAACUACUUUGCCAAGUUUGUGAAGUCCAAAACUCUUAUCACACAGGUGACCAACGUGAGGAACCAGGUGAUGCACUCGGCUGACUUCCGGGUGGAGAAGAUGGAGUUAGAAACUUACCUAGGGCGAAUCAAAGACCUGGGCCAGGCUCUGAAAACACACUACCCCAAAUUCAGUGAGCUGACAGAGGAGAUCGAACAGCUCCAGAAUACAGACUUCAGUUUUAUCAUGAGCUGUGUUGGGAAGAAGAUUGCACUUGCGGCAGAUAAGGAUGCUGAGAGCAUGCUGAAACUCCAGAAGUUUCUGAGUCUGGAACAACAGAUACUGAAGGAAAAGUUGGAGUGUCUGUCCCAACGCUAUGAAGAGGACAGAGAGACAGCCCUUACUCUGGAGGAGUUGCAGUGUGUGAGGGUGUUUCUGGAGGGGAACAAUGACCUGCAGGAGAGCCUGGCGCCACAGUGGGAGAGACUGACAGAGGUGCAGGAAAGAGUGGACACACUCACCGUCAGAGUGGACACACUGGAGAGGAACACACGCACACACGAUCCUGAGUUCAGUACUGACAUCCUCAAAUAUAAGAACCAUCUGUAUGAGGAGGCCAGGAGGCAAGGGUGGCCUGAGCCUGUCUUCUCAGAGAUAAAGGAAGCCCUCGGUUACAGGGGUCGUGUGCAGGUGAGAGGUCAGACAUUUGAAGGUGUUCAGGUGUGCCCAAGGUCGAAGACAGCGCACCAGGAAGUGGCUAAACUGGCCCUGAGCCAGCUAGCCAAGGACAGUGCUAGCCUAAGUGAGCUAGCCAAUGACACAGAGGAGGGAGAGGCAUCCAGUAGCCAGACAGACCAACCACAAAGCCUCUCAUGCACAGGCCCCGUGUUCUUUGGUAGUGUCACUGUGGUCCUUAAAACUGACAUCACCUCUGGAGAGGGACAUUCUGGAAUGACAGAGGCUGUUCAGUCUGCCUACAAGAAACUAGCUCUCCUGUUGGAUCUACCAGAAUCAGCUUCCUCCUAUAAGGAUGUGGUCCUGGAGCACUGUCAUACGCGGGAUGUCCCAACCCCAGACGAGGCUGUCCAAUCUGAUGCAGAGGAGAAGACCUACCAAUGCACUCUUCGAUUCACUGGACCAAUCACCUUCUAUGUCCCAGAGGGUUCCAGCAAAAAGAAACAGGCAUGUCAGCAGGCAGCUAAAGUGGCCCUCCAGCGGCUGUCCGGUGUCCUCGGCAGUAAGGAAGUGGUGGGAGGGAACUACGUGAGCACCCUGAAAGAGCUGCUGGAGGCUCAGACCCCACAACUGGACAAGCCUGCGUAUGAUGUCACAGACAGAGGAAGGGGAGUGGGGGAGGUCACUGAGAGGGGGGAGUGGAGGAACGUGGAGGGGUGA